UUAGACUCGAAGGAACCUGGCGACUCUAUUUUUCAUUACAGUUCAUUCACUAAGCACGUUUAGUACUUUGAUGGAUUGAGAUAUAUUUUUUGCUAUAAGAAAAUAUGACCGUAUUUUGUGACAAAUAAUGUCGAGCAGAGGCAAUGUUUUUUUAGGUUUUUUCGGAGCUGCAUAAGGAAACUUAACGUCAAGAUUUAUAAUCAAUAUAUGUUGAAUGUCCGAAUAUCGUUGGCUGAUUACUUCGCCUCACCUUCACAAAUGUGCUUCAGAACGUCGGCGAAGAAAAGCUAUUCCUGCGACUACGAUGACCGAAUUCUGGUUGAUAUCGGCUCCAGGGGAGCAAACAUGUCAGCACACAUGGGAAAAACUAAAUGAAGCAAUAGGUCGAGAACAGCUUGCAACAAACUACAAAUUCAAUCUGCCUGAUCUUAAGGUGGGAACUCUGGAUCAACUAGUUUCGCUAUCUGAUGAACUGCAGCGUGUGGACCAGUUUACAGAGCAAGUUACUCGUAAGAUUGCAAAUUACCUUGCAGAUGUGUUCGAGGAUCAGAGAGAUAAAUUCAGCGAAAAUCUCAAGGCGAACGGAACGGAUUUGGUGCUUUACGUCAAACGGUUCAGCUGGGACGUGGCAAAAUAUCCAAAGCAUCAGCCGCUGCCCGCGCUAACCCAAAUGAUUAACAAGCAGUUGGGGAUGAUCGACAGUGAGCUCAAGACACGCUCGUCAGGAUACGACACGCUAAAAUCCAAUAUUCAGUCGUACGAGCGCAAGCAAACAGGGUCCUUACUUGUGCGCAAUCUGGGAGAUCUCGUACGAAAGGAGCAUUUUGUGCUUGGUUCCGAGUAUCUGGUAACGCUCCUUGUCGUUGUCCCCAAAGCGUUGUUUAAGGCAUGGAUGGAGAACUAUGCAACGCUGACAACUAUGGUCGUCCCAAGAACUACGCAGCUUGUACACGAAGACCAAGAUCACGGAUUAUUCACCGUAACACUUUUCCGCAAAGUUGUCGAUGAGUUUAAGACUCAGGCUCGAGCAAACAAAUUCAUUGUUCGUGAUUUCGAAUAUAACGAACAAAGCAUUCAAUCAGGCAAAGAUGAGCGUGGUCGAAUGGAAACAGAAAAGAAACGCCAGCUUGCGCUACUCAUUCGCUGGUUAAAGAACAACUUCAGUGAGGCUUUUAUCGCUUGGAUUCACACUAAGGCACUGCGUCUCUUUGUCGAGUCGGUACUUCGCUAUGGACUACCGGUUAAUUUCCAGGGUAUGCUACUUCAUCCUCAAAAGCGUUGUAUGCGCAGGCUGAGAGACGUGCUGAACCAGUUGUACAGCCAUUUGGAUAACAGUGCUGCAGUAGGGCCCGUGGAAGAGAUACCCGGUUUUAACAUGGGGCCUUCCGAAUACUAUCCCUAUGUCUACUUCAAAAUAGUCAUUGACUUCGCCGACGUUAAAGCUCACUAAAGUGUGUCGAUUGAUUAGAUAGCUACGAGUUGUUAUCGAAUGCAUGAAGUUAUGCAUCGAAAAUUGGGCGAUAAACUCUCUUUUGUCUAAGGCAAAAACAAGCAAGUCUGACACAGCGAGGAAUUGCAAAAUUAAAAAAUUGCGUAACCUGCUAAUUUGUAGUUCCAGAUAUAACGACAGCAACAAGUAUAAGGUAACUUAUGUCAGCUAUGUCUAGCUAGUAGACGACAAAGUACUAGAGCACUAAAGUUAGAUGACGUAGUGUUAGCAGCCGGAAUAGUUGUCUCAAGUGUUUCAACUUAGAAGUUUCAAAUUAAGUACAUAAUUACAUGAUAUUUGUGUUGGAUAAUUUUAGGGGUUAAAAGAUACAUAAUGUUGACUAUGUGGAAGGUGUGGAAAACGUAUUUGACGGUUAUUAAUUUGAUGUGAUGUACGUUGACGGUUAUUAAUUUGAUGUGAUGUACGUUGAUGUGAUGUCACGAAGGCCCGCCCUAUUAGGCUUGACUGAGUAUGAGCGAGUAAGCAGACCAGCUAUUAUGUUAUGUCUAAGCUAUGGCUGCUACUUGGUAGUAGGAAUUAUCACAAAAAAAUAACGAUUUAUAAGAUCGUUAAUAAUCUAGUCGGACGUAGUUUUGGUUGACUAAUCAAAUAUAAGCUUGAGGGUGUUAUUGCAUCAAUAUUGGGAACAAAAAGAUCAAAAAUAGUCGCGACUCAAAUUAUCAAGCAUUCCAUUUUACAGGUGAAUAAACAGCAGUUUCAGUCCAGUUAUUUUUUGUCUUCGUGUUGAACCAAAAACAUGGCGGUACAACGAUAAGAUAAAGCAAAAAAAAAAG